CGAAAAGAAUACAAAACAAGACAAAACAAGACAGAAGCACCCAACGAAGGAUCGGAACAGACUCGAACACGGAUUGAUACACACCAAAACAGAACCCUAACCAUGGCACAGAACAGCAUCGCUUCCGAAUCGCUGGAGACCGCGCCAACGGUGCCGCAGAUCGGGAAGUACGGGACCAUCCUGGAGGCCGCUUUCGUCGACCCCGCGUACCAAUGGCCGUCCCCCGAGGGGGUCGGAAAGAACGCGAUCGAGCUCCAGGCGAGCAUCAGCAUGAUGGUGGACGACAACGAGUCCGUCAAGACCACCGCCUCGCAGAAGGAGCGCAUGACGAUCCCGGAAAACCCGGCCCACGCCAAGAAGAAGCAAACGAAGGGGGGCCGCUGGUGGAAGUGCUGCGGCCGAUCGGGCGGCGACAGCGCCAUUCUCAGCCUCGCGGAGUACGAGCAGGCGAAGAAGUCCGCCAUGAAGGAGCGGAAGCUGCACUACGCCCACAAGAAGGCCCGGGCGAGGGAGCUCCGGAUGAAGGAACGGUACAACCGCGUUCCCGAGGGCAUCCUGAUCUACCGCCUCGACACGGCGACGCAGACGAUCUCGCUCAUGAGCGCGACGCACGACAAGACGGACCAGGAAACGCUGGUCCGGGAGAUCACCCUGGUUUCCGCUCGGCCCUCGCCCGACAAGUCCCGCAGGGGAAUGGUCAUCACCGGGGUGGUCAAGAACGAGAACGAGGAGGGCGAGAACGCCGGAGGCAACGGCAACGGCAACGACGGCGAAGGCGACGUGAAAGUCGACGUCGACGUCGACGUGGACGACGACGCAAGCGGAAAAUCAAAGGGGACCAAGAAGAAGAAAAAGAAGAAGGACGAUGUCAAGGAAAUCACCCUGGUAGCCUGCGAGCAACGAACGGCCAUUGCCUGGCUGGAGGCGAUCGAUCUCAUGCUGGCGAACAAGCAGCGCAUGGGAAGCACGGUAAGUUACACAAGUUCCGAGGGAAGCUUCGGACAGCAGCGGUUUCGCAUUUGAUCUCUGGACUCGGAAGGUCUCACACAGUCUUUCCUGUAAACCAAACGCCCAUCCAUGACCUCUUGCUUGCCACCAGUUCAAAAAGUCACAAAAGUCGAACGGAUGGAACAAAAAGAAUCUUUCCGGGCCAGAACUGGACCAAAUCGAGGGACAGUACCUGAACCUUGCUAGCUAUUCCAACAAACUCAUCCGUGCAAACAAGGGCGGAAAGAAAGGAGGCGCCGGAUCUGCUGCGGGCAUGUAUUACAGCAUCGAAAAGAACACGGAGGAGGGCAAAGACGAACAGCAGAUCUUCGAGGAGGAGGCUCUGGAAAGCAUUGCCAAGCGCCGGGCGGUCAUUAAGGAUUCGUGGGAUUUUUAUCGCAUGAUCUGUUCCCUGCUGCGGGACAGACGCAAAUACAACGAGGUAUUCCGGAAGCUGCAACUCGAUCCCGUCUAUCCCUAUUUGCAAUCCAUGACCGGAUUGAACGAUCCCGGUGAGGCGGGAUACGUCAACACGGACAAGGAGGUCAUCCAGAGGGAUUUCGACCGCUACCAGCAAAUGACCCGGACGCAGGUGGCGGAGGACCUGACCAAGCAGGCCGAGAAGGCGUUGCCCUCGCUCGUAGAAAUCUGCAAGGCGCUGGCGGGAAGCCUGGGAAUGGAGGAGGUGGGCAUCGGGCCCGUAAAAGAAACCCAGGCGGCACUGAAAAAGGCGGAAAAGAAGUACGACGGUGACUUGUUGAAAAUCACCGAUUUUUGCCGCGCCUUGUUGGUGGUCAAGGAUCUCCCGAGUCUCCUGGCUCUGUUGGAGCUAGCGAGAGAUUCCUUUGGACCCUUGAUCCGACGCGUCAAGCUGAGUUCGCUCAAGUCCGACCACAGCCCGCUUCCGGGGGGUUACCGCCACUGCAUCAUCAACGUGGAGCUCAAGGAACACAUUUGCGAGAUCCAGGUCCACCUGUGGCCGAUGUGGCUCGUCUGCGGUGUCGACGGAUUCCGUCACUACCGGCACUGUGUCGAAUACAACACCGAUUCCUUCGAAAACGCCUUUGAUGCGCUCGAGGGUCUGGACCGCAAGACCAUGGCCGAGCUCAUUGUCAUGGCAGAGGAAGCCGUAGCCGAAACGCCGCUCGAGUCUCUCGAGUGGUUUCAGGAAAAAUUUAUUCUGGAUUAUUUCGCCGAGGUUGGUCUUUUCAUGAAACACGGGAUCUACGUCUGGGCGGAAAUUACCCUCCGGACGCUGGUUCGUCUGCGAACGGAGUCCCCGGACAUUGGACCCGACCACCACGAAACCAUUCUCUUGUACACCUAUCUGGAAAAAGUUCUGAGAUCGCUCGGGCAGCAAAAGGAAGCCAAGGAAAUCCAGAAGCGCAUCCUGGACCACGACAAGCGCCUGAGGUCCGAAAAGGACGAGGCCGAAACCUCCCUGUGGGACAUGGUCAUGGCCGCUCCCACGGAGGCGAUCGACAUGAUCAUGGACCCGAACAAGAAGGAGCGCGAGGAGGAAGAAAAACUGAGAAAGGAGGUCAAGGCCUCGAAGAGGCAGUGGAGGACGAUCCGAAAGGAGCGUUUUGCCUUUCUGGACGCCAACCAGAGCAGCGGCGAGGCCACGACGAGCGGCGCCGCGAGCACCCUGGGCAUGGGAAGCGUGACCACGGCGGGCUAUGGACGCCUGGAGGAGAAGAAGCUCGACGCCGAUGCCGAGGACAGCAUGUAGGACUGCGAAAGGGAAACGGAACGCGGUGCGGUGCAACGCAACAAAACACAACGCAACGCAAUACGACAAUGCGGAAUGGAUGGAUCGUUCUUCGUUCGUUCUGCAGUAAUCCUUCCCCUCCCAUUCGUUCUCGCAUUGCACGCGAUUGCAUGGAUUUCAAGCAUUUACAAGUAUUCAUGCCAGUAGGAAAUGUUUCGACUGCGAACGAGAGUAUGUAACAAUCUAUAAUCUAUAAUAUAUAAUAGUAGCAAAG